GUGUGUAUACUUUUGGUUACUUUUCACUGUGAGUCAGGCAAUUAAGGCGAGUGACGCUGCGGUCCACUGCGUGGGCAUGUGUUGCAUGUGAGACACGGAUUUCACUGCGCAGGGUUGCCGAAAAGGACGGAGUGAAAGCGGAACAAGAGCACUCAACACACCAUGAAGAAAGGGGACUCUGGUAAUCAGAGUCUGGAUGAAGUUGGGGCUCUGCAGUGCAUGCCUGGCAGUAAUUAUGGCAGCAAAGGGAAGAGGAUUAAGGUACUAUCCCAUCCAGUGGUCCCAUUGGUGGGAUUGAUGUUUUUGGCCAGCCUCCCUUUUGGAGCAAGCAUCAAACAAACUGUCCCCAGGGUCAAACUCAGCCAACGAGAACUGCUGCAAGCCGGCAGUGUAUCCCUGUUUAUGGGACCCUCUGAUGGCCUGCACUCCCACUCGCUGCUGCUGGACGAGGAGAGAGGUCGUCUUUUGUUGGGAGCCAGGGAUCACAUCUACCUGCUAGACCCAGACAAUCUGGCCAGAGCCCCGAGAACGAUUCACUGGCCUGCUUCCAGAGACAGAGUCGAAAUGUGCAAACUGGCAGGCAAAGAUGCAAAUUUGGAGUGUGCUAACUUUGUAAGGGUCCUCCACAACUACAACCGGACACAUUUCUAUGCCUGUGGGACAGGAUCCUUCCACCCCAACUGUGCUUUCAUUGAAGUCACUGGCCACAGAGAGGAUGGUGUGUUCCAACUGCUGUCCAGUACAGUAGAGUCUGGCAGAUUGAAAUGUCCUUUUGAUCCCAUGCAGCCAUUCACCUCAGUCCUCACAGAUCAGUACCUUUAUGCGGGCACAUCGUCAGACUUCCUGGGCAAAGACACAACGUUCACACGCUCCCUCGGCCCUCCACCCGACCAGCACUACAUACGCACAGACAUGUCUGAAGAAUACUGGAUCAAUGAGGCCCGGUUUAUAUCUGCUCAUCCUAUUGCAGACACCUACAAUCCAGAUGAUGACAAGAUAUACUUCUUCUUCCGCGAGGUGUCGUGGGAAGGAAACAACAAGAGCAUCCUGUCCCGAGUGGCUCGUGUGUGUCAGAAUGAUGAGGGUGGGCUAAGGAGUCUGACCAAUAAAUGGACCACCUUCCUCAAAAGCCGACUUGUGUGUUCGAUCCCCGGACCAGACGGAGUGGACACACACUUUGAUGAGCUCCAGGACAUAUUUCUGCUCCCGACCAGAGAUGACAAAAACCCCAAAGUGUAUGCAGUCUUCACCACCUCCAGCUCCAUUUUCCGGGGCUCAGCAGUGUGCGUGUACAGCAUGGCGGACAUUAGGGCUGUGUUUAAUGGCCCUUAUGCACACAAGGAGGGGCCCGACCACCGAUGGGUAGAAUAUGAGGGGAGGAUACCGUACCCCCGUCCUGGAACGUGUCCCAGCAAGACUUAUGAUCCAAGGAUCAAGACCACCAAAGACUUUCCAGAUGAGGUGGUCAGCUUUGUUCGAUUCCACCCUCUCAUGUAUCGCUCUGUCUACCCUCUGACUGGCCGGCCCGUGUUCACACGCGUCCGAGUGGACUACACGCUGACUCAGAUUGUGGUGGACAGAGUUUUGGCGGAGGAUGGACAAUAUGAAGUCAUGUUUCUGGGAACAGACGUCGGCUCAAUUCUGAAGGUGGUGAGCAUCACCCAGGACAAUUGGUCAACAGAGGAGGUGGUUCUUGAAGAACUUCAAGUUUUCCAGGUUCCCACUCCCAUCCUCAGUAUGGAGAUGUCUUCUAAACAGCAACAGCUCUACGUGGUUUCGAGUGAAGGGCUAGCCCAGGUUUCACUUAGUAGAUGUCAACUGUAUGGCCAAGCCUGUGCUGAAUGCUGCCUGGCACGAGACCCCUACUGCGCCUGGGAUGGACACACAUGCUCACAAUACAUCCCAGCAUCCAAGAGGCGAGCCAGAAGACAGGACAUCAAGCAUGGGGACCCUGCCAGUCAAUGCUGGGACACGGAGGACAUCGUGUUUUCUUUAGGUCUUGUUGGAGGACGGGUGGAGGAGAGGGUCCUCUAUGGGGUGCAGAGCAACUCCACCUUCCUCGAGUGUAUCCCCAAAUCCCAACAGGCUCAGAUCCGGUGGUACAUUCAGAGACUUGGAUCCGAACGCAGGGAGGAGGUCCGGCUGGAUGAUCGUGUCAUGCACACAGAUCGAGGUCUCCUGAUUCGCUCCCUCCAAACCUCUGACGCUGGUGUGUAUAUCUGUGUUGCUCAAGAGCACACACACUUCACCCACACUCUCCUCCGUCUCAAGCUGCAACUUGUGACACAUGGACAAUUGGAUGGGAAGCCCAAGCCCAGUAAAGACCCCGAGGUGGAGCCUCGGCACAACGUGGAGUCCCGCCAUCGUUAUAAAGACUACCUGAGAGUGAUGAGCGCUCCCUUCGUCUCGCUGGAGGAGUACUGUGAUUCACUGUGGCUGGAGAAGAGGCCGACAAGGGCGCGAGGACGAGGCUUAGGAGCUGGCAAAUGGAAACAUAUCCAGGAAAUGAAGAAGAGCCGGAACAGGAGACAACACAGAGAGAGGGAGAAAGAGUGGGAAAAACAGGAGCGAGGGAGGGUGGUGAGGACAGCAAAGCAGUGAAAAACAUGUGGUGGAAAAAACAUGAAGGGUUAGUCAGCUCUCUAUAUUCACCGGUUGGAUGAAGAAGCAGAACUGCAAAAUUUCAAUGACAGAUCAAUCCAUGAGCAAUGUAACUCUGAAAUAAACAGUUCAAGAGUUCAACAGUUUAAGUAGUAUUAUGUUGUAAAUACAUCAUUUAAUUAAUCUGCCAGCAUCUGUGCUGUUUGCAGAUAACAUGCUUUUAAAUAAACAUGCAAGACUGAA